UACUGCAGAAACCACGGAGAAAUCUCACAACGUUUAGUGACAGAGCCACACACAGAAGAAUACAUACUGUAUGAUUCCAAAAGUUCAAACACAGACACAUCCAAAUUUCCCAGGAGAGUGGGAAAAUCACGUUUGUGUAAACUCCAUAUAAAGAAGGAAGAAAAGAGACACUCUGAAGACCCAGCCGACUGGGGACUGGAGAUUUUGGACACCAUCGUCCCUUCCCUGCAGGACCUAGGCAGGCACAUGAUGCACACGCUGCCCUCGCUGAGCAAGGAGGAAGUCUCUACCAUUUGGGGGAAUGUGUCAGAAUUUGUGGAACGGCAGCUAUCCCUACACAAGGGAGUUCAGAUUCCAGGACUUGGAACUUUCACUUUCACGAGACAAAAACUGGAGGUGGGAAACAACAAGUUUAUUCUAAUUCAGAGGCCCAUAUUUAUCAUGGUGGAGAAGUUAGUACAGACCCAUGGACUCAGACAAAACAAAGUAUAUACUCCUGGUGAUAUCCCAGUUGUUCCACUUAAUUUUGUCAUGAUAUCCCUAGAGGGUCCAUUUAACAGAGAUACGGUGGAAAGAUGUGUGAAGGAGACGUCGCUUUUUUUAUCACGAUCCAUUUCCACCAAACAAAACGUGGAGUUUACAUUCAAAGGAAUUGGGGUCCUUGUGAUCAGAGGUGGCAAUGUGAAGAUGAGAUUUUAUAAGAACUUCCUUUUUACAAUGGAUGGAAGUGGGGCUUUGGCGAAAGCCCUAGCAAAUAGACCUGACACUGUGGACUCAGUGUUGUCUAGCAGAGAAUCCUUGGGGAAGCGGCCCGACAGCAUGCUUUCAUUUCCAAGGAUUGAGCUCAAGGAGAUGGAGAACAAACUGCCUAUGGAGACCACUGCAGAAGAAGGUGGACAGAAUGGACAAAGGAAGAGCAAGUUAAAAGACCAGUCAGACAAAGAAGAAGGCGUCCGAGAGAUCUUAUCACCCAAGGUAAUUCAAGAUAGACAAGCUAUCUCCCCCACCAAAGCAACAAAUGUCAGUUUCCCGUACAAACUGGAGCAGAAUGGGAGUGGUGGGAAGAAUAUGAACAUUGAAAGAUUACGAUCUCUGGGUGGUCUGAAAAAUGACAAUGAAAUGAAGCCUAAAAUUUCUCCAGCCACUUCUUGCCAGUAUCAUAAUAGGACAGGACAGGAAAUGUGUUAUGUAUGCUUGCAACGAGCACAGCGGAAUUCCCCAUUGUACUACGGUGAGGAGAGGAAAAGGAGAGAGAUGGAAGAUGAGCUACUCCUACAGCAGUAUCAGAUGCUGAAAGAUCAAGAGUCUGUCUUCAAAGAGCAGAUGCAAAGUCUGGCUAGUAGAGAACAGAAUCAAAAAAAUGCUGCUUAUAAUCUUGGAGUUGCUGAAGCUGUAAGAAUCCACAAGAAUGAGAAACCUGAAUUUCAUAAAUCCUUCUUGUUUGAUAAACGGCCACUCAGUCCUGAGAUUAAUGCUCUUAAGCAAGAGGAAUAUUCCCAAAGUCUCCUGAAACAAAUGUGUCACAGACGGGAAAAGGACAUAAAGCAAAGACAAAACAGAGAGAUGAUGGACCGCCUGGAACAAGUGCAGCUGACAGAGGACAUGAAAGGAAUGGGGCUCCUAAGGUUGGUGCACGCCCUUCCCAGUAUUAUGAAUGGAAUCUCAGACUCUUCUGUUCUCUCUAGGCACUUGGCAGACAGAAAUGCUGAGCUUGAGCGAGUGAGCAGAAUCUACCAAGACUUACAGGAUGACUGGGAAAGGAGUGCUGUCUUGAAGAAGCAGCGGGACCUGGAGGAGAAGGCUUUCCAGCGGGCCCCCAGCAAGCUCUUCCUCCUGGACCAGUGUGAGAAGUAUCGGCGGUGCAAGCAGUGCCAGAGGCGACCCUCCAACGUGGGCAAGAGCAACGUGUGGCCCCUGAAUAAGUACAUGCAGGGCUCCCUGCUGUUUGUAUAAAACCCAACGUCUGGGCCUGCCUUUCCUAGGGAAAGUUUUUCUUUUUUAAACGUGCAGGGGUGAUGGUGAAACUACAUAUUUGUACUUCAGAGGAGAAAAAAUUAUUGUGCCAUUUGGGUGCUUUCAGGGGUAGAGGGAAUUCCUACAGACAGGUUCUCCCCACCUGUCCUCCUCCCAUCCCGCCCCAGACAACCCUGCCGCAGUCAGGCCUGAGAGGCGCGCCCAGCUUCAUUCUGGCUGAGGGGGUGUUGCUGACCCAGCCCUGCCACUCCCUCUGUGACUUUGUCUAAGAAACUUCAUCUUUUCCUCAUCUAUAAUGAAGUGUCGUAAUAAAUACUUUCUCCGUGUU